GUCACAUGCGUCAGUGGAACCGUCCCAGUACCCGACUGGAGACUCCUUCCACUUUAAUAACACGCGAGUAAUGUCUGCUUGGUGUUUCACUGAAGCCGAUAAACACCGGUUGCAUGAAGGGUGGCCUUAAAAAGACGUGCAGACCUUCGAUAAGCUUCCUUCAGCAGGCGAGUGAAGCGUGAGUCAGUCGCGAUAACGUUACCGUUAGUGAGAGCAAAAGGAAGGACGUUUUUCUUUGUCGUUUGGACAGGAUUUAAAAAUGCAGUCCGUCGUAAAACAAAACUUCCAUUUGGAGACCGAAGGAGAAAUAAACAAACUCAUCAACCUGAAGCUCAAUGCCUCCUACGCGCAUCUUUCUCUGGGGAUGUAUUUUGACAGGGAUGACGUUGCCCUGCCAAAAUUCUCCUCUUUUUUCCUGGAGCUUUCUGGGAAAGAGAGGCAACAGGCCGAGAAGCUGCUGGAAUAUCAGAACUUGAGAGGAGGUCGAAUUUUGCUUCAGACCAUUUCUAAACCAAGUAGACAGGACUGGGCCGGUGGUGUGGAUGCAAUGUCCUUCUCCCUGGACUACCAGAAGUCCCUCAACACAUGUGUCCUCGAUCUGCACCGCAGAGCCAGCUCCCACACUGACUCUCAUCUGUGUGACUUCCUGGAGCAGCACUUCCUCGCUGACAGCCAUGACACCAUUAAGAAACUGGGCGACCACAUCGGCAGUCUGACCCGAAUCAGUGCAUCUGAGGCGCAUGGUGCUAUGGGAGAAUACCUCUUUGAUAAACACACUCUGUGACCGUCACUACACACAGACGCACAAAUAAGCUUUCAAUAGAUUCAUAGUUCCCACAAAAUAUCGGACACUUUUUCUGGCACUUUUUCUACUCUAUUAAACUAUACAGUAUCAACAAAACUUACUACAAACUUUAUUCUUGUACUACAGGCACAAGAGAAGUUCAAAGGAAAAUAACAAAAUACCUCAAUUGUUCCUUUAAACCCAAGUUGAAAAAAUUGCUUUUAUAUUGUGCCAAAAACUGAAAUCUCAUCUGUCACUUUGUCUCAUGCAUUCCACUGUUGGAUGUUACCCAACAUUUGAAAGUUACAACCAUUUUGAGUCAAAUAAAUUAUCUGCAAUGUAAUUGAACGUUUCAAUAAAGCUAAACUAUGCUGA